AUGGUUGAAGUCCAGUUUAUUUCAUUUUCGUUUUGGAUUCUAUCGUUUAUGGUGUCGGCACAAGUAGUUCCUUCUUGUUGCGGAACCUUUGGCUACGAGCUCCUGGCUGCUCGUUUAGAAAGUCUAGAAAACGUUGCCAUGCAAUCCAAACUGAAAUUUACGGAAGAUAUUCAAAGUUUACGAAGUGAUCUGCAAACAUUGACAACUAACGUUCAAAAUGUGGCCUGGACCAAAAUGGAAGGUAAAAGUGGCGGUAUCGUUAGCCAUGAAGAAGGACGUGUGAGCUCAAACGUCGGUUCAGAUCCACCCCGUGCUUGCGAUGAAAUUCUAAGUCGAAAAUCUGCGCCUUAUCUCUUAGACAUAUUUCGUGUAUUCCAGAACCGUUACAAUGGCGCUGUGGAUUUCUAUCGGUCGUGGAAAGAGUACAAGGAUGGUUUCGGUUCGCUAGACGGUGAGUUCUGGCUUGGAUUAGAGAAACUUCACCAGAUAACCUAUUCUGAUCAUUAUGAAUUAGCCAUCUUGAUGGAAGAUUUUCACGGAGAGACUGCCUUUGCUCGGUAUUCAAAUUUUGCAAUUGGUGGUGAAGCCGAGUUAUACAACUUAAUCAAAUUAGGCACCUACAGUGGAUCGGCCAACGACAGCCUGAUUUAUCAUAACAAAGGAAAAUUUUCGACGUUUGAUAAUGAUAACGACGAAAAUCCCACUAGUUGUGCUAUGACAUAUUUUGGAGCCUGGUGGUACAAAUCUUGCCACACGAGCAAUUUAAAUUCCAGAUAUGUUCGGGCUGGAUCAAAUAUAGAAGCGAACAAAAUGAUAGUGUGGCGCAAGUGGAAGGGAGAUUUACAUACUCUGAAAAAGACGCGAAUGAUGAUUAGACGACUUCAGAGCAAGUAA